AUGGCACAAUGGCUUCCCGGAGGUCUGCCUUGGCCUCGCAAACCGAAAUCUCCGGGAACGACCCUCUCCGCGAGCUGUUCGAGGCCUGCAGGAAUGGAGACCUAGUGCGAGUGAAGAAGCUCGUUAAUCCGCAAAAUGUGAACGCCAGAGACACGGCAGGGAGGAAGUCUUCGCCCUUGCACUUCGCAGCAGGUUUUGGUCGGAGAGAUGUGGUGGAGCAUUUGCUGAAUCUUGGAGCGGCCGUCGGAGCGCGUGACGACGGUGGACUAAUUCCCCUGCACAACGCUUGUUCCUUCGGUCACGCGGAGGUUGUUUCACUGCUGCUCAAGCACGGGGCUGACCCCAACGCACGGGACAACUGGAACUACACGCCCCUCCACGAAGCUGCUUCCAAGUCCAAGUUUGAUGUUUGCAUAGUUCUUCUUCAAAACGGAGCGGAUCCAAGCAUCCGCAACACAGACGGCAAGACGGCGCUGGAUUUGGCAGAUACCUAUGCUCGCUCUGUGCUCACAGGGGAGUACAAAAAAGAGGAGCUACUUGAGGCUGCCAGAGCAGGCAAUGAGGAGCGUCUGCUGGCCCUUCUGACUCCCCUCAAUGUCAACUGCCAUGCCUCAGAUGGCCGUAAGUCCACCCCUUUGCAUCUGGCAGCGGGCUACAAUCGUACGGAGAUUGUAACAAUACUGCUUCAGCAUGGAGCAGAUGUCCACGCAAAGGACAAAGGUGGCCUGGUUCCUCUCCACAAUGCCUGUUCCUAUGGCCACUUUGAGGUGACGGAACUUCUCAUCAAGCAUGGGGCCAACGUGAAUGCCAUGGACCUGUGGCAGUUCACGCCCCUGCACGAAGCUGCCUCAAAGUCACGGGUGGAGGUGUGCUCCCUCCUCCUGGCCCAUGGUGCUGAUCCUACACUGCUCAAUUGCCACUCCAAGUCUGCUAUUGAUGUUGCCCCCACCAGGGAGCUCCAAGAAAGACUCUCCUAUGAGUAUAAGGGCCACAGUCUGUUGGAAGCGUGUCGGCAAGCUGAUUCUACAAGGCUAAAAAAGUUACUCUCAGCAGAUGUUGUCAACUUUAAGCACCCGUACACAGGAGAUACUCCCCUUCACUGUGCGGUGAGUUCAAGCAGCGGCAAAAGACGUGGAGUGGUGGAGGCGCUGCUGAGGAAGGGCGCUCCACUUCAGGAGAAGAACAAGGACUUCCUCACCCCACUCCACUUAUCUGCCGACAAGGGACAUUAUGAUAUAAUGGAACUCUUACUCAAACAUGGGUCCAAGGUCAACGCGCUCGACAGCUUAGGUCAAACCGCUCUACAUCGAGCUGGUAGAGACGGGGAUGUUCAGGCAUGUCGUGUAUUGCUACAAUAUGGUGUUGACCCCACAAUCAUCUCACUUCAAGGUUACACUGCCACACAACUUGCAACAGAACCUGUGCAAAGGCUACUCCAUGCACUUCAGCCUCUAAAGAGAGACUCUCGCCCUGCAGAAGACCCACCUGGGCCAGGUGUGGACAGUGAGCAGCAGCUUCUUGAGGCCUCAAAGUCCGGCGACAUUGAGUGUGUCCGGCGCAUCCUCACUGCUCAGCCUUACCUGGUCAAUGUGAGAGACCUAGAUGGAAGACAUUCCACGCCCCUCCACUUCGCUGCAGGCUAUAACCGCGUCCCAAUUGUGGAGUACUUGUUGCAACAUGGAGCGGAUGUUCAUGCUAAAGAUAAAGGUGGCUUGGUUCCCCUCCACAACGCUUGUUCAUAUGGUCACUAUGAGGUUACGGAAUUGCUGGUGAGGCAUGGAGCCUGUGUCAAUGUGGCAGAUCUCUGGAAAUUUACGCCAUUGCACGAAGCUGCUGCCAAGGGAAAAUAUGACAUUGUAAAGCUGUUGUUAAAGCAUGGGGCCGAUGUCAACAGGAAGAACCGUGACGGCCACACAGCCCUAGAUCUGGUGAAGGAGAGCGAUCAGGAUGUAGCUGACCUCCUGCGGGGUGAUGCAGCGCUCCUUGAUGCAGCCAAGAAGGGCAACCUUGCCAGGGUACAGAAGCUGCUCAACCCAGAGAACAUCAACUGCAGAGAUUCGCAGGGACGUAACUCCACACCCCUACACCUAGCUGCAGGUUACAACAAUCUUGAAGUUGCGGAGUAUCUCCUAGAGAACGGGGCAGACGUCAAUGCUCAGGAUAAGGGUGGUCUGAUUCCCCUCCACAAUGCCUCUUCCUAUGGCCACUUGGACAUAGCAGCGCUACUCAUCCGGUUCCAGACGGCAGUUAAUGCCACUGACCGGUGGGGCUUCACUCCCCUGCAUGAAGCGGCACAGAAGGGGAGAACACAGCUGUGUGCCCUCCUGCUGGCUCAUGGUGCUGAUCCCUAUCUCAAGAACCAGGAGGGCCAAACUCCACUGCACUUAGCCACUGCAGAUGACGUACGAAGCUUACUGCAAGAUGCCAUGAUGAGUCAGCCACCCUUGGCGCCAGCUGCAGGUGGGGCUGCUCCUCCCCCUGUGUCCCCUGCCUCCCCGAAGCCCCCUGGCACACCCUCCAAGAGUGCCCGCAAUCUACAGGUGUCCCCUGCACCUUCACUCAUAUCCAUCAAUAACAUUGGAGCUGAGGUGGAGACAGUCAUGAUGCCUUCAGGAGCAAGCUUGACUUUUACCCCAGUCAUGUGUUCCUCGCCGGGCAUUGGAGAUGGUUGCUGUGACCACUCCCGAUGUGAGACCACACCAGACACUACAGUCAACAUGAGCAUUGCUUCAUUUCUUAACAGUCUGGGUCUGGAGCACCUGAGAGAUAUCUUUGAGAGGGAAGACAUCACACUUGAUAUCCUAGCAGAGAUGGGACAUGAGGAGCUGAAGACCAUUGGCAUCAAUGCAUAUGGCCACCGUCACAAGCUACUCAAGGGCAUCGAGAAACUUCUUAGUCAACACAAUGGAUUACUAGGCAGCGCUUGCAGUAGCAGUGGUGGUGCAAAUGGUUCAUCGCAGGGCACACUGCUGGUCGAUCUUUGCCGGGAGGAUCGUGAGUUCAUAGCAGUGGAUGAGGAGAUGCAGGCGACUAUCCGAGAGCACCGGGACAAUGGCCACGCAGGAGGGGUCUUUUCCAAGUACAAUGUUGUCAAGAUCCAGAAAAUAAGGAAUAAACGCUUAUGGGAGCGUUAUGCACAUAGGCGUAGAGAAGUUGCUGAAGACAACAGUGGUCAAUCCAAUGAGAGAAUGCUUUUCCAUGGAUCUCCGUUUAUCUCUGCCAUUGUGCAGAAAGGCUUUGAUGAAAGACAUGCAUAUAUUGGUGGCAUGUUUGGAGCAGGUAUUUACUUUGCUGAGCAUUCCUCUAAGAGCAAUCAGUAUGUAUAUGGCAUUGGUGGUGGCACUGGCUGCCCAGUACACAAGGAUCGUUCCUGUUAUUCCUGUUAUAGACAAUUACUGCUGUGUCGAGUUACGCUUGGUAAGUCAUUCCUGCAGUUCUCAGCAAUGAAGAUGGCCCAUGCUCCUCCAGGACACCACUCUGUUGUUGGAAGGCCCAGUGCUGGUGGGCUCUGCUACCCUGAAUAUGUGGUGUACAGAGGGGAACAGGCAUACCCCGAGUACCUCAUCACAUACCAGAUUGUCAAGCCAGAGGAGGCCGGACCGAAAGAGGACGGUGCCCGGGACAAUGACUGACCAGACUCUCCCAGUUCUAACGUGUCGGGGAUUCAUCAGCAUCCUCCUCGUCUUCCUCCUGCCUCUCCGGUAUAGGGAGGACAUCAUUGGUCUCUUAGGAGUGUGUGGGUUGGGUGAGAGGAAGUGAGGGGGGAGGAAGGGAGGGGGAAGCUGAGAAAGAACUUGGAAUAUUGUCUGUUGUGUUGAUUGUCAGAGGGAGAGAGAAACAGACGGUUUGUAAGAGAGAGGGACUUGGGUUGUCUUUUUCUGUUUUCUUUUUUCGGCAUCUUCUACUUCUGUUUAUUUUUCCUCUUUUUACGCAUAUUUGUAUUAUCUCGUAUUUGCUUCCCCCUCCGUCUGCUUUCGAAACUGGUUGUGAAGAGAAUUUGUUUUCAUUUUAAUCUGCAGCAAAGAAGGGAGGAGCUCCAAAUAAGUACCUCGCAUGUGGCUGCACUAUUGGUAGUGAAAAAAAAGGGGAAUCAAGAAAUUACAAAGAAAUUUUAAUGAAAGGGGAAAACAAAGGUUAAAGAAAUUUAUGUAUGUAUCUAAUGUAAUGUGCCUCUGGCUGCUUUAAGAUGGAUUUAUCAAGAAAGGUGAAGAUUUGAAAGUGGGAUGGGGGAACACUCUAAAAUGACCCCCCCCCCCCCCCUCCCCUCCCACGUUUCUUAAAGUGGGAGCACAAUCACAUGUUCUUUAGUCAUUCCAAGCAGGAAAAAAUACAAAGUCAAAUACUAAAUUAAAAAAAAGAAAAUUAAAAAAAUGCAUGUGUGGGAGAUGCAGAGUGAGUGAAAGUGAUAUUUAAAGACUUGUGUUUGUGAGUUGUAUUACUGAUUUGAUAUUGAUAUCGGUGGACAAUGAGAAAAGUUCACAUGAUUUAUCAACAUGCCAGGGAGGAUUUUACUAAAUCAUCAGCUGUUCAUUGUUAUUAUAAUCAUGAUUGUUUAUUUAUAUAUAUUUUAUUUAGCUAUUUAUGGUGUCCAUUUAAUUUUUAUUAUAGAAAGUGUGUAAAGUCUUUUCUCUUGGUUCUGAUCAAGUGAAAGCUGUCUCCAUCAUUUGAUGAAGAAAAAUUGUGUUCAUGACCCUACAUGGGAAAAUUUGAUUCCACUGAGGCUGGUCGUGUUCUUAGGGGAAUCAUCGUAGAGGGGCCCAAAGCUGGUAACUUUGGGCAACACAAUUCAGGAGUUGAUACGCAUAUUUUUAUACUCCCAUUUCGAUUUUUAUAGAAAUGUGAACUGUAGGAUUUGCAUAUUACUUUCUAACGUGUACUCACAAGGCGAUAUUUGAGGUGUGAUGUUCAGGUAGAAUUUUUUUUUUUUUUUUUUUUUUUUUUUCGUUGUUUUUUUUUUUUCAUUUUUAUCAAAGAAUAGUCUUUCAUUUGUCUUGACUUGAAAAUUACAUAGUAGAAAAUGAUGUAAACAUUUCAAGGGAGAUAUUACAGAGGCAGUUAUGUUUAUAUUAAGUGUGUUUGUGUGCGUGUGUGCAUAGAAAGUGACUUACUUUGCAUGUGUGUAUCCAGUUUGACGUACACACAUAAAGCAUUCGCACAUCUUGCGAGGCUGCUUCGGAACAGGGGAAUGGGACUAUACUCUCGGUCCUUUCAAGAGAUGGCUUUAAGAUGAUAUCCUUGUGUCUGUAUGUUUUUCCUUCACCAUUUGGUUUGUGUCUUGAUGCGAAAGUAGCAUUUAGUGUGUGUGUAUAUAUUGGAGGGAGAGAUGUAAUAUUUCUUAUAUAAAGUUGCCAGAAACAGAUAGUAUUGGGCAUUGUUUUUUUUUUGUUUUUGUUUUUCUUUUCUUUUCUUUUCUUUAAUGAUUUAUUAUUGUGUUAAUUUAAGAGGGAAUUAUAUAUUUACAUAAAUAUAUAUAUAUAUAUAUAUAUAUAUAUAUAUAUAUAUAUAUAUAUAUAUAUAUAUAUAUGUAUUAGACAGUUGCCAGAAAAUCUUGUGGGUGCUCCUGUUUUUAAUUUUUUAACACCUCACACAGAAUAGAUGUUCAUUAUCAUUUUCAUCGCAUCACAUUAUCAUCAACACUGUGAUCUUGGCCAAGUUGUUCGGUAGUAGGUUAAUAACCAUUGUUAUUACCAUAAUUAUCUUUUGAUUUCCUUUUCUGAUAUGGCAUUGCUGAUACAUAUUCCAUUAGCUGUGUUUAGUUUGCAGCAAAUCUGUUUGAAGAGGACGGAUUCUGAGAGAAUUAUGCAGCAGCUCAAAGUCAACAUUGUGAAUUAAUUGUCAAUGAAAUGAAAAUAAUAAUUAAGUUUAAACACUUACUAUUAGCUCUCACAGCUUGGAAGUUGCUUCAUAUUUUAAAAAUUUCUCUUGGUCUAGAUUUGCAGUCUUUCAAAACAGGAAUAUGUGGGUGUGAUAACUGACCCAGUCCAAUCUUGUCUUUCAUUGUGAUUAAUGAUAUUUAUAUAAAUAAAAAGUUUUUUUUUUAAAGCUAGGGGAACAGUAGGAAGUCUGGAUGGUUCAAAGGCUCCCUUAUUAUUGUUUAUAUGAUAUGUGAAUGCCAACUAUAUGGAUUAUAAAUGAUUCCUGUAGAUUUCUUUCCCUCUUCAGUCUCCCUUCCUCGCCACUUUGUCCUACUCCCUUGCCACUCCACUUUUUAUGUUUUCUAUGUCUUGCCCAUCUAUUUUCUAUUACCACAUAUAUGAAUAAAUUAUGAGUGUACAGGCAUAAAUGCAAACAGACACACUGAUGCAAAAACACACAUUUGAACGUUAGAGGAUGUAAGAUGUAGUUCAUAAACAGGAGAUUCACGCUCCUUUCAUGUAUGAAAUGGUUAACCGGAAGGUAUAGAUCUUUUGAUAUCUUAGUCGCGUGGAGGUACUGUGUAACUGCAUUUGUAUGGCAUCGUCUUCCAAGUAAUGGUAAAGAAGCUUGGAAAGAUGAAGUGAAAUUCCUUUUUUUUUGUUUUGUGUUUUGUUUUUUGUUUGUAGCGAACGGAAACCCGUCAUCUUGAGGGAGAAUGAAUCUCAGUCCUAUUAGUUGUGUUCAGUAGACUGUGUUGGAAAGUUGGUGUGAGUUGAGGGUGUGAAAUAGUGCCAGUGUUGUGCGAGUCCUCUGCCAACCCUGCUGAAGCAUUGGCACGAGGAGGGAGGAGAUGAACUUGAGAAGGUGGCACAAGGUGGACAAGAAUUCUCCUGCAUUAGAAGGAAAUGGCAUGUGUUGCACUUGGAAAAUGAAGCUGAAUGAUAUGUAUGGUGUUUUGGAAGUUUGAGCAAAAAAAAAAAAAAAAAAUGUGAAUAGGCUGAAAAUAGGCUGGAAAAUAUAUAAUAUGAACACGCUUGCUCCACGUGUACAUACGAAGCUGAAACUAAGUGGCCAUCGUUACUCAUGGGAGAAAGAUGUCAAGAGCCAAGUUCUGGACUGCGGGCGAGUGGGCAGGCAGCUCCCGUGCGCAUGACAGCUCAUUACAAAGCUCUUGUGCCACCCCAGACCUUGUUAUUUUGUAUCUCUUGGGUUUUAUCUUUCGUUUUUUUUAUUUCCAUAUUCUUGGUGAGCUUGAAUUCUGUUGAAUUUGUACAAAUCCAUGUAAAUAAAUAUGACAUGCUUUUUACAUUAUGGUGUAAAUAUUAUCUGAAAAUAAAUUUGUGAAAUAUU